AUGAAGCCCCCGGCACGGAGUCCUUUUCCGAGCGGUGAGAGGGCGUGGAUUUGGGCCGUAGAUCCGGCGAGGCUGCACGCUGUCGACUUCCUUGCAUACCGAUUGGGCCUUUUUCAGCCGCCCUCUGAAGCUGGCCGCAGUGGGGCUGCAACGCCGACAAGGUCAAGGAGCCAUCGACUAAAUGAGCUUGCAGAGCUCUCGUCGGGUCCUACCCCUUGCCCCAUUUUUGUGAAGAAGCAACGGGUCCCGAGUGGGGAAAUACAUUCCUUUUCGUCCCUUGACACGAUGAAGCGCAUGCUGCGAAAGUGGCAGGGGCAACAGCGGAAGCUUGCACGGCAAGAGGAGGAAGUGGCGAUCAGGCAGGAAUCAGAAGUGGCCGCCACGAUGCGUCACCCAGAGUCUCUCUUUGACGACGAGGAGGCUGUGUUGUUUCGUUUCGGUAUGGGCAGAUUUGCGUCUCCCACUGCCCCAGCCUUCUCAGGGCUCUUCCGGCAGCAUUGGAGGGAUUUUUUUGUGACGGAAAUGGUGACAGACGCUGUCGGAGCGGCAGUGGCCAUCUCUCGCGAGCCGGAUUGGUCCAUACCCGCCUUGCCACCCUCGCUGCUUAACCCCGCCGAAACACGUGAGGAGGGUGACGUUGCUGCAAAGCCGCAUACUAAUCAUGCGAAUGGCGCUCAGAAUGAAUCUGGGCCCUCCUCGUCCUUCUUUGCAGUGGACGUGGAGGGGCGGGUGGCGGAGCUUCUCAAGGACAACGGCAGUGAUGAAAAUCAUUUGAGCUCCACGGAGACGGAUGCUUCUCAUGAAAAAAACGAUGGCGGGACUGGCAAAAAGAGUUUCUACCUCCAGUGCUUCCUCCAUAAGCAGCACAUCGCCCACAGUGUGGCGCUGGCCAAUAUCGCGCAGACGCUUCGCAUGCAUCCCUCUGGUGUUUCCGUCGCCGGCAUCAAGGACUACAUUGGGGACACCAUACAACGAGUACGGCUGGAAAACAUUACGCCGGCGGCGGCGUUGGAGGCAAAUCGUUUUUUUCGCAUGAAAAAAUGGUCCAUGUCGUUGUCUAACUUUUCUUACCAGACAGAACAACUAGUGCCGGGGCGAUUGUUUGGCAACCACUUUAGGAUUGUCUUGAGAGGUGUGACUGCCCCACGGGAGGACGUGGAACGCGCACUCCAUGACUUUGAGCUGAAUGGGUUCCCAAACUAUUACGGGUGUCAACGCUUCUCGUGGUUUGGCGGCAAAAACGACGCCGCCUUCGCGCUGCUUCACCACAAUUGGCUCGUGUUUGCCUUUCGUUUUCUUGGGUACACGAGUCGUGAGUUGACACUGCGUGAGCUGCUACAACGUGAGAAGAAGUACCCGAACCCCCUGCAGGAUGAGUACCGCCGCAAUGUCGUACGUCGUCUAAGGCGCAUUGCCACGGAACCAACAGAGUUGGAUGCGGCGCCGUUCCUUUCCUGUCCUCCACUUGGUGUCCCACCGACGUCUGCGGAUGGCGGCCCUAUUAGUAAAAAACAGGAGCUCAUUAUCUUGCAACUUCGCGGCGCCUUCCUAGACUUAAGCGCGAGAGACCGCCGCCUAACAGCGCAGCGGCUGAGCAGCUACCUGUGGAACCAAGUUCUAACGCUUCGACUUCAUCACUUUGGUUUAGAUGUUUUGGUGGGAGACAUAGUCCUGCCAGAAACCUUUCGACGUUUGGCGGCACUGCCGGUAGAUCGCGCGGAUUGCUACCGUGAUGGCAUACGCUUCAUCACAGACGAGGCGGAUAAAGCGAACUACACCGUUGCGGACGUCAUGCACCCUGGAUUCUCCUUUAAUGGCAUUCAGCGUCCCAUGAACGCCGUUGGGGAGUAUUAUCUUCAAGUCUGCGACAAGUAUCAUUUGGAUUGGCAUGCAAAUCAUACCAAAACGGGGAUUCGUGAUUUUCUUGAGCCACCGCGAUCUAUCAUUCGAAAACCCCUAAAUUUGCGACACGAAUAUAAUAAAGCCGAGUCAACGCUAACGCUAGAGUUUGCCCUAGAACGCGGGAGUUACGCCAAUGUCGCCAUCAGUGAGCUCAUGAAACUGCUUCGCUGCGCUGGGUCAGAAGAAAUUCUCCUUCUCCCUGCCCCAGCGAGCUUGUGGGAUUUGGGAAAUCGUGACCCUGGCUAUGUGACAUCCAUGCAGGACAUCUACAGUGGCUUUGAGGAUGGUCUUGGCUUCGUGGCGGACCAGCACGAGGUGCCCUUGGUGGGGGAGGGGAAACUGUGGGACUACGAAGGUCCACUCUUUCUGCCAGAAAGCGAGGACCCUGUGAAGAAAGCCUACCGGUGGGGUGAACAGCACCUUCUGCGAAACAUGGCGCGACGUGCGCGGGAUGAGGAGGCGAUGAAGACGCGCCUCUUUGAAAAGCCUCUGGCAAGGACGCUCAAGGACGGGGAGGUAGAGCAGUACGCUGGGCACACCGUUCCCAUGUCACCCAACAGCAAGGCAAAGCGGGUGUUUUUUAACGUUCUGCGUCGACAGCGACGGUUUCCUUGUGCACCAAAGACGGUGCCGCGUGUCAAGCGUGGAGCGGAGGUGCAUAGCCGCGAUUCUUUGCAAGUGCCCUUCAAAACUAUCAACAGGAACACGUGGAAUGUUACAUGGUGA